AUAUAUAUAUAAUUGAUUAAUUUAUACAGCAGUACAUAUGUAUGUGUUUGUAAUGAUACAUUUACUGCACCUGAGCCAACACUUUUCAUAAAUUAUUAUUAUUAUUAUUAUUAUUAUUGUGGUUGUGGUUGUUGCUAUUUGUGCUACGAGCUGCAUAACAUUACAUUACGAGUUUUAUGUGAUUACUAUUUGAAUAAAUAUAUACUAAUCAUUACGAGACUCGCCUUUUACUGUAGAAACGCAUCGCUCUUGCCCGGAUUAAUAACCUGGCUUCUGACUGUUGACACAACGCAACUGACUUGAGUUUUACAUAAAUAUUGUAUACAUAAAAACCGGGGACAAUGACCCACUGGACUACACUGGAAAAGGCUUUGGAAGAGGACAUUAAGAGAUUAAUACAGCGUGUCAGUGGGAUACACGACGAGGAAGACGGGAACUUCCAGCUGGCAAUGAAGUUUGCCUGGUCCAACUUCAGAUUUCAUCAGUUCCUUGAUGUCAACGGCCAUAAAGUGCAGCGCACAAUCAAUGGAGUUCAUGAGAAGCUCCUGGUUCACUCGGAUCUGGUCAAAGCUGAAAGCUGGAAAAGGCUAACGGAGGGAUUUCUGAACGCUCCUCUUCCGAACACGGAGGGGACAAAGACAGAGAUGCAUUACAGCAUACUUGCAGUCUUGCUGUUUCUGUCUGAUUCUCCAUCCAACACAAAUUUUACAGAACGGCCAAGACUGAAGGAAGCAGAAAAAAAAGAUGACUUUGAUUGGGGAAAAUAUCUGAUGGAAGGAGAAGAAAUUGACAUGGGUCCUUAUCCAGACACUCCAGAGUGGUCAGAAGAGGAGAGCGAGGAGGGGGACAGUGAGCAGCCUCUGAGCAGAGAGGAUUCUGGAAUACAGGUGGACAGAACUCCCCUUGAUGACCAAGAUCAGAGCAAGAAGACAGUGCAGAGCAUGUGGAAAGUUGGCGAGCCAGAGGCCCGUGCAUGGCUGGGGCAGCAUGUGGUCACUCAGUACUGGGCAGCCAAAGCGCCUCGUUUCAGUCACAGCCUGCAUCUCCACUCUAACCUUGCGAAUGUCUGGGACCAGCACUUAUACAACACUGAUCCUUUGUACACUCCUGAUGAGAAAUUCUAUGUCACCGAAACCCAAGUGAUACGAGAAACUCUGUGGUUGAUGUCCGGAGUGAAGAAGCUCUUUAUCUUCCAGGUGCUGGAUGGGAAGAUUACUGUGAGGAAUGACGUCGUGGUGACUCACUUGACCAGUAAUUGUUUGAGAUCAGUCCUGGAGCACAUAGCUGCAUACGGACAGGCUGUCUUUAGGCUUCAGAAGUUCAUUGAUGAGGUUACGGGAUACAGCACAGAACCCCUCCCCCCAGGGUCCAGUAGUACAGCUAAGAGAGGCUCCGAGCCUCCUUUCAGAACCUACCAGGCGUUUGUGUGGGCGCUCUACAAGUACUUCAUCACUUUUAAAGAGGAGCUCACCAAUAUUGAAAGAUGCAUUGUCAUUAAAGAUGAAAGUGUCACCCUCACGGCAGUUCUGGAGAGGCUGACUCCACACCUGGCCCAGAUCAAGGUUCUGCACAAAGUGUUCUGCACAGGAGUAGCGGAGGUGCCCCCUGACACGGCGAACGUCGUGCGAGCCUCCCAUCUGCUGAAUACUCUCUACAAGGCCAUCAUUGAAUAUGACAGCGUGGGGGAGGCUUCCGAGCAAGCGGUGUCCCUGCUUUUUUCCCUGUGGGUGGAAACAGUGAGGCCGUACCUAGAGAUUGUGGAUGAGUGGAUAGUUCAUGGCAAUCUGUUUGACCCAGCAAAAGAAUUCAUCAUUCAAAGGAACAAGGAUGUGCCUGUGAAUCACAGAGAUUUCUGGUACGCCACCUACACCCUGUACAGCGUGUCGGAGAGCGUGGAGAACGAGGAGAAGCUGAGUGACACAGCCAGCGGCAGCUCUGCCAGCGAUCAGGCUGCUGCUGCUGCCAGCAGACAGCACACCAUGGUCUCCUUCCUGAAACCCGUGCUCAAGCAGAUCAUCAUGGCUGGCAAAUCCAUGCAGCUGCUCAAGAACCUGGAGAGAAACGACAGCAGCCCGCAGAACAACUCAGCUCGGGAUGCAGAGAGGAAGAGUCUGUACACUCUGUUUCUGGAGUCAGUGCAGUCACGGCUGCGAUUUGGGGAGGAGUCACCAGCAGAUACUGUGACGGAGCAGCAAGCGACCAAAGAGAGCCUGAUCAGAAUGCAGUCCAUAGUGGCGCGACACUUGGAGAUUGAUGAAGUUCACGACCCACUGCUGGCUAUUAACUUUGCCAGGUUGUACUUGGAGCAGAAUGAUUUCCACGAGAAGUUCUCGGGGGGUGAUGUCAUCGUAGACCGUUCCUCUGAGUCUGUGACCUGUCAGACCUUUGAACUCACUCUAAGGUCGUGCCUGUACCCCCACAUUGAGAAGAGGUAUUUCCAAUGCUGUGGCAGCCUCAUGCAGACGCUGAAGAAAGAUUACAGACUUGUGGAGUACCUGCAAGCGAUGAGGAACUAUUUCCUGCUGGAGGCUGGAGACACCAUGUAUGACUUCUAUACAGCUAUCUUCGACAAGGUGCUGGAGAAGGAGAGCUGGCAGCAGCUAUCAUUCCUCAAUGUCCAGCUGCAGGAGGCUGUGGGACAGCGCUACCCAGAGGACAGCACCAGGUUGUCUAUAUUUUUGGAAGCUGUUGACCCUGCUAAAAAGAAGCUACCUGUGAACAAUCUAGAUGGCCUUACACUGAGUUACAAGGUCCCUUGGCCCGUAGACAUAGUGAUCAGCUCAGAGUGCCAGAAGAUAUACAACCAGGUGUUUCUACUCCUGCUGCAGAUAAAAUGGGCAAAGUACAGUCUCGACACGCUGAGAUUCAAUGAACUAAAUUUUGCUACCAAAAAGUCAGAAGGGGUUUUGUUUGAUCAAGAGGCUGCUAAAGAACCUAUCAAUCAACAGAUCCACAGGAUGUGCCUGCUCCGGGUGAAACUUAUGCAUUUCGUCAACAGCCUGCACAACUACAUCAUGACCAGGAUUUUGCACAGCACUGGCCUGGAGUUUCAGCAUCAAGUGGAAGAAGCGAAAGAUCUGGACCAGCUGAUCAAAAUCCAUUACAGAUACCUGUCAACCAUUCAUGACCGCUGUCUCCUCAGAGAGAAGGUCAGCUUUGUGAAGGAAGCAAUAAUGAAGGUCCUGAAUCUCGUGUUGAUGUUCUCAGGACGAUGGCAGGCUGGCUUCGGGGCUUGGAAGAUUGAGUCCAUUGACAAGAUGGAGUCUGAUUUCAAAAACUGUCACAUGUUCCUUGUGACGAUACUCAACAAAGCUGUCUGCAGAGGCUCCUUCCCACACUUGGAGUCCUUAGCCCUGUCACUGAUGGCAGGGUUUGAGCAGUGCUGAAGAAGAGCUACAGUGGAUCUCUGAACCAUUCACUUCAAUUCACGUCACAGCAUUUCCAGUUGCAGUGCUAAUUACCAGAUCCAGCUGGUCUUUGGAUCAGAACUGAUGGGAAGUCGAGAAAAACAACAAGCGUCUGUUUUUCAUUCGUGCAGAACCUUGUGAAGAUGAAAACGAACUGGCUCCAGUGUAACAAAAUAAUAAAAAGCAUUUGCUGUAAGAGUGCAAGAGAAGGGCUGCUUGUGAAUGGAAAGCCUCAAGCCCCUCCCUCGUCACAGUCACAGUGUGGGGACGUUGAAGGCAAUAAUGAAACAGGGUUACUGGAACCAGACAGUGAUGUAAAUAAACGAGUGUGCUUUGUUUUCAGAACA